GUACUUCUAAGUAGCGAUACUAAUUGAGUUGUUUGAACGUUCGACUCGUUGUGGCUCUAGAAUACCUUCUUUUUACUAAUGUUUUGUAAAUAAGAAAAAUGGGCGUACAUCAGAACAACAAAAGUGACAAUAGUGAGCAUGAAGGUGUUACCAUGAAUCCAACAGCUGAAACUGCAGCUACUUUCGAAGAAGCCAUUACCGCAACCGGUUUUGGAAAGUUCAAUUAUUUAUUGCUUUUCAUUAUAUUUUUCCCUUCCAUCGCUCAACUUUUAAACACAGUUGAAUUGUCCUAUGUGCUUCCGGUCGCACAAUGUGAUUUAGAGCUAAGUUUAGAAGACAAAGGUUUCCUAAAUGGCGCAAUGUUCGCAGGGAUGAUUACUAGCGGGUUGUUUUGGGGAUACAUCAGCGAUGCUUUGGGUAGGAAAAGAAUUAUCGUUUACGGUUAUUUAGUCACCGGAGUUUUUGCAGUAACAGCCGCUCUGGCGACCAAUAAAACUGUUUUAAUGGUAGCUAAAUUGCUAUCUGGUGUUUUUAUUAAUGGACCCUAUUCAGCUGGAAGUUGUCAUAUUAUUGAAUUUCAUUCGAAUUUCUACAGAGGACGUGUUAAUUUGGCUAAAGGGAUAUUUAUAAGUAUUGGGAAUCUUUUGCUUCCUGUACUUGCGUGGGCAAUUCUGCCUAGAAAGUGGGAUUUUUCUUUUUUCGGUCUCUACGAAUUACAUUCAUGGAACAUUUUAUUAUUAAUUUGCGCCUCAACUACAAUUAUCAGCAGUGUUCUCUACACCUUUGUGCCAGAAUCUCCUAAAUUUCUAAUGGCAACAGGACGAACCGAAGAAGCGUUGAACGUUAUGAAAAAAAUUUACGCUCUCAAUUCUGGGCAAUCUCAAGAAAAUUUUCCGGUAAAAAGUUUGGUAGAAGAAACAACUAACAAAAAGAAAGUUAGCAAAGCUUUGAAAGAUGGAUUUAUGGGAAUGGGCAAAAUGUUCCACAAACCGCAAAUCUUCUACAUAUGUCUAGGCUGUUUCAAUGCAUUUUCAUUGAUAAUGAGUUCGAAUACAUUAAAACUUUGGCUUCCUCAAAUUUUUCAAGCUAUCAACGACUAUCAAUAUUACCACAAUGACACGAAUAGCAUAUGCGUCAUGUUAGAUGAAUUAAAACCCCAUCAGGAGAAUUUUACAACUCAAAAUUGUUUCGUUAACUUGGAGAAUAUAUCCGUGUACAUCAACACAUUCAUAGUAGCAGCAACUCGAAUAUUAAUGUUUGCAUUAUCGGAUUACUUCCUACAAUUGUUGGGCGUUAAAACGCUAACAGUCGUAACUUGUUUCUUAUGCGCCGGAUUGAAUUCCUCCAUUUAUUUCGCCAGAAGUUCCCAAGUUGUUACAGCUUUAGCUGCAACCGGGACUGCGACUGCAAGCGUCGCAGAAAAUGUUCUUAUCGCAUUAACUUUAGAAUUAUUCCCGACUAAUUUAAGGGCAAUAGCUUUGUCGAUACAGUUAACUGCAGGACGGAUAGGUACUUUGGUUGGUAGUGCUAUAUUUCCUUAUUUGCUAUUAUCUGGCUGUUUGCCACCAUUUAUGUUUAUUGGAUUGUUUGGAUCAGCCUGUGGGUUGGUUUCGUUAUUUUAUACCAGUGUCAAGAACAAACCAUUAGAAUAAGAGCUCAAUAAUUUCCAAGGUAUUUCCCAAUGUGUCAUGAAGAAUUCCCAGUUGAUUUAUACUUAACAUGUCA